UACUCUCAUUCAAAGAUAUACGUUUUAUUAUAUGAUGACUAUGAAUACAUUACAUUCUCUUGAAUAUGACAAACCUCAAUCCCAAAAGCUGCACAGAGAAGCCCUCUCACACUCGCCUUGUUGUGGCGCGAACGUGUAAAAGUAUUGCUGAAAUCAUAAGCAAGUACAAGAAGAGACUAUUUUCUGAGACGCGCCAAGUACUCGAAAGAUCGAAAUGCCGCGACUGUGGCCAUUUGAUUGGACGUUGCAACUUUGACUUAUUGAAGAGUGGGCAACGAUUCAGCUUCAUCACAACCAAGAGAAUCUAUGCCGGCUUAUUUUGUAUAUUCUUUAUCCUUUUAAUGGGUUUGGCACUGAUACUGAUACGUCGAUAUAACCACACAUAUAUUUAUGGAUCUGGUAGUUGCAAGUCGGGAAUUUUUUGGACCUACAAUGAUUGCAUUGUAAUGGCCUAGUCAAACAGCAAGUAUGAUAGAUAUUUUAUU